UUGACGAGGCUGAAUUCAGAACUAUUUGGAUGAUAAGCACUCAAAUUUUCCAAAUAAAUUGAAAAUUCGUAGUCAAAUCCACUUCUUUGAAAUCCUGACUUGGUGUUUUCCUUUCAUCCGAAGUAUUUCAGCGAACUGAAACCAAGCCCAAGUCUCCAACUUCAUAAACCUGAGUUACCCAGAUGCCCCUUCCCCUCCGGCCACUGCCCACUACUGCCGCCGCCCUCGUCCACCGCUACAACCGCCUCCUUUCAGCCGCCGGCGUCUCCUCCUCCUCUUCCUCCCUUCGCGCCCUCCUUCCAAUCCAUGCCCGCGCCGUUGUCCUCGGCAUCGCCACCAACCCCGCCUUCGCCACCAGUCUCCUCGCAGUUGCCGCCCCGUGCUCCCUCGCCUACGCCCGCAGGGUGUUCGACGCCGCGCCGCACCGGGACGUCUACAUGUGGAACACCCUCCUCCGCGUCCAUGCCCACUCCCACGCCGAACCACAAUCUUCCGCCCUCUCCCUCUACAAGCGGAUGCGCGCCGCGGGCGUCGCGCCGGACCACUACACGUACCCGAUCGUGCUCCCGGCGUGCGCGGCGGCGCGCGCCCCGCGGCUUGGGCGGGCCGCGCACGGGGACGCUGUGAGGUUCGCGCUCGCGGGGGACUGCUUCGUGCACAGCGCGCUCAUCGCCAUGUACUGCCAGGACGGAGAUGUCGCCGACGCGGAGCAGGUGUUCUUGGGAACUGCCGGUGCGUCCCGUACGGUCGUCUCAUGGACGGCCAUGGUGGCCGGCUACGUGCAGAACUGCUUCUUUGGCGAGGCCAUAGCGGUGUUCGGUGCCGUGGUUGCCGAGGGCGUGCUUCCAAAUGAGAUCACUCUGAUCAGUUUUCUCCCCUGCUUGCAGGGGCAAGAGUGGCUCACUGCCGGGGAGAUGGUUCAUGGGUUUGCCCUCAAGCUGCGGUUUGACGCAAAUGUGCCGCUGCUGAAUGCGCUCGUUGCGAUGUAUGGGAAGUGCGGGAGUGUCUUGUCGGCAAAAGGGUUGUUUGAUGGAAUGGCCACACGCACUCUGGUUUCCUGGAACACCAUGGUUGCAAUGUAUGAGCAGAACAGCGAUGGGGUUCAGGCCAUCAAGUUCUUCCGCAGGAUGCUUACUGAGAAGGUGGGGUUCGACUGUGUGACUCUGGUCAGCGUCUUGUCUGCUUGCGCACGAUCGGGAGCCCUUGAGACCGGGAAGUGGGUGCACGAGCUUGCUAGGAGUCAUGGGCUCGACAAUGAUGCAAGGAUCGGCAAUGUUCUUGUGGAUAUGUAUGCAAAAUGUGGUGAGAUUGCUUACGCAAGGGAGGUUUUUGACAGUUUGCGUGAGCCAGGUGUCGUGUCAUGGAGUGCCAUGAUCAGUGCAUACGCCAACCAUGGGGAGCAUCAAGAAGCUCUCAAGUUAUUCUCCCUUAUGAAAGGUGAAGGUGUGAAGCCAAAUUCCUUCACGGUUACCGCGGUUCUGGUGGCGUGCGGCCACUCAGGCCUCGUCGACGAAGGACUGAAGCAUUUCAACAGUAUUGCCAUGGAGUACCAGAUGUCGCCAACUCUUGAGCACUAUGCUUGCAUGCUUGAUAUGCUAGGACGUGCUGGAAGACUUGUCGAGGCAUAUGAAAUCAUCAGGGGAAUGUCUGUGCAGCCAGACAAGUGCGUUUGGGGUGCAUUCCUUGGUGGCUGCAGGCUUCACUGCAACCUGGAGCUAGCAGAAUUCGUUGCCAAUGAUCUCUUUCAGUCGGGCUCUAAUGAUGUCACGUUCUAUGUUUUGAUGGCAAACAUGUACUUUGAAGCUGGAAUGCUGGAAGACGCAGAAAGGAUGAGGAGGGCCAUGAAGGAGAUGGAACUCAAGAAGACAGCUGGGCAUAGUUCAGUAGUACGUACCAGUACAGAGAGAGGAGGCAUCACGAGGUAGCAGAAAGCAGAGUUCUUUUUUUUUUGUGUGUGUGUAUACGAGGUAGCAGACUAGAUAUUUACUCCAACUAAUCACCGCCAAACCUCGUGUUUCUGAUAAGGCCAUUGUACCCGGCACUGUUGGUAACAAGGCCAUCGGACCGGCAAUGUGGGUACUGUUUGUGGAUUCCGCCGUGUGGGGCAUUUCUUGGAAAAAAGCUAGCAUUGACCAGUCA